UUGUGUUUGUCCGUCAGCCAGAAGUUUCCGGUGCGUUACCGAUGUGAUCUUCCGGUGAGCGUCCAGACACGCAGACAUGCCUCUCGCCAAGGAUCUGUUGCACCCGAGUCCCGAGGAGGAGAAGAGGAGACACAAGAAGAAACGUCUUGUACAGUGUCCUAAUUCUUAUUUUAUGGAUGUCAAAUGUCCAGGUUGCUACAAGAUCACCACAGUGUUCAGUCACGCUCAGACUGUAGUGCUGUGUGUCGGCUGUUCCACAGUCCUCUGCCAGCCUACAGGAGGGAAAGCUCGCCUUACAGAAGGAUGCUCCUUCAGGAGGAAACAGCACUAGUUUAACCAGACAUGGUUGGACACAGUUGAGGAAGUAGAAUGAACACCGCUUGAUGGACAUCAAGUAACACUGCCAUGGAGCUGAUGCAGCAACGAGGAGACGGAGAGCAUGUAAUAUAAUUAGCCAAUGAGAAUAUGCACAGAGAAAUGCUUGGCGUUGUUGACAUCCCACCAACACAGCUCAUCUAUUAAUUCUUCUCUCUUAAUAAACUUAGGUUGUUUUUUGGUAAAAUAAUCUUGCAUGUUUGUCAUCCAGUCUGUUCUUUUUGUUGUUUUUUUAAAUCUCUUGAUGGUUCGUAGAUGUCAUUUGUCUGGUAAAAGACACUUGUCAGCUCAGGACCACUUAACAAAUUGCUGGUAAAGAUCAGGACCAUUUGAGGAGUCUAUCCUCCAUGUGUACAGACGUGUGGCCUUAACAGUUUUUUGUGCCGAGUAAUUUUGCAUUUGUUGGCAUUACACCCUGUGAUUAAGCAUAAACAUUUACAGGAAGGUGAGGGUAUAUGAUGAGCCUGGCGGGUGUUGUUUAACAGUUAACACAGCACUAUACAUUUAUGCAAAUGUCCUUUGAAAACAUCAGAGCAGUUCUGAGAAAGGGGACGCACCAUGAGCUGAAAUUGCAAAUGAACCUGAGUUUUACUAUGUAAAAGCUACACUCUGUAUAAAAGGAAUGUUGACUGAUGUGUGAGUUUAAAGCUGGUAAUAAAUCCAGACACUAAAUACAUAUAUCUUUCAAGUUAAGGCCAAAGUGAAGUUUAUUUAGGGUCAACACUGAUGUCAUUGGUGCCUGCUCCGAAGCCCGUGGUGUUGGUUCAGGGCCUGCUCUCAUUCUGAACGAGGGUUGAUUCAGGGAAAGUCGUCGCUGCCUCUGCUUCUGUUUCCCGAUGCUUGUAAAACACAAACACAGUACGCAAGUGUUGUGACACUAAAUGACAUCAUCAUGAACAUUGUGGUUGUGAAUUUACAUGUGCUUGAAAGCUUCCUGUGAAAAUGAUGAUGAAUUCCUGUGAAGUUGCAAAAUAAUGAUCACACUAGUAGCUUGAGGGAAAAGCUAGAGAUAAAUGGGAUGAAAUCUUUUGUCCUACAGUUUACUCACAGCUGUUAAGGCACGUAGGCCAUUUGCACAGUCGCUAUAUGUGACAGCAUUGAGUUAUACACUGAAUAAAGAAACUGAAUCAGGAGAGGGAGUGAAUGAUAACUUUCUUGUUGCUAUGGUGACAUUUUUCUUGUGUCUUGCUUGUAUAUUGGACACAGCUUACAAAUAAAAUCAUAGUAAAUGGGAA